ACAUGGUUUUUCUGAAAGUAAGCAACAGUGUUUCUGAUGCUACAGCGAAGCCCACUAAACCGGAGAAACACCGUAACCAUAAGGGAAUCUCAUGGCCGACGGCAGCAAUCUUCAUAGUUGGCGAUAUGAUGGGUGGAGGAAUGAUUGCUCUGCCGUUAGCGGUAGUAAACGCCGGGUUGAUUCCCGGUAUCACAAUCAUCAUCCUCGGAGCCAUUUUCACUGGAUACACAGGUGUGCAGCUAGGAGACAAUUGGACACUCAUGCAGAAGCGCUGGCCAGAAUACAAGAGUCACUGCCGACGACCGUAUCCUGAAAUGGCCUACAGAGCUAUGGGCACGAGAGCAAAGAGGUUAGUGUCGUUUUGCUUGUGCCUGACCCAAUUUGGUAUCGCCACCGUGCUCACACUUCUUGCUGCCAACAAUCUGUCAAAUCUGUUGGCCGCUGUAGGAUUUCCAAUCAAUUUCUGCUACGUAAUUGUUCUGAUAGCAGUUGUACUGUGGCCAUUCGUGAUGCUGAAAAGCCCAAUGGAUUUCUGGCAAGCUGCUGUCGGUUCUGCUGUAUCCAGUACCGUAGCAGCAAUACUUAUUGUCGCAGGAGCCAUCCACGAUGCUCCAGUUUGUCAAAAGGCUGUCACCUAUCCCGAAUUUUCGUUCACCAAUCUUUUCCUCGCCUACGGCACAAUAGCAUUUGCUUAUGGAGGACAUGGAGCUUUUCCGACAAUCCAACAUGACAUGACCAAGCCAUUUCGCUUCAAUCGAGCUGUCUGCUCCAGCUAUAUAUGUAAGAGAUUUCUUUUUAUGUAUCAGGAAUUUUGCAUUUCUACCUUCAAGAUUUCUUUUCAUACUGAAGCACAUUCAAAUUGUAGUUAUACUCUUUCUCAAAAAGGAUAG